CAAAAAGUAGAAAACAACAAACUUUCCUCGCCGCUGGCCGCUUGAUGAAGGAAAAACUCGUCCUACCAUGGAGGAACUAAGCUCUGCCCGAUGCCGGUUGUGUUUUCAGAAAAGGUUUCAGCUCCUCCCGAUGUUUCCUGCCAACGAACCAGUGAACGAUGAGCUGCUUCGCAAAAUCCGGGAGUGCGCCACAGUGAGCAUCGUGUACGAGGACGAUCAAAACUCCGUGAUCUGCAUCAAGUGCAUCGUGGAUGUGGAGGAGUUCUACCGCUUCAAGGAGCGCUGCAUUCAAAACGAUCUACUCUUCCAGCAAAUGCGCCAAGACAAUUGUCCACCAUCGUUGGAGGACGAGGAGGACGAGUUCGAUCCCAUCGUAGCGCCGGAGGUGCAGCUGAUGGAGCCAAAAACCUUGCUCCAGCCGGCUGACCGAUUUCCGGACUCAUUUCUUGGCGAGGUCAAGCUUACUCGGGUAGGCUACAACUACCGUGUCGUUCGGGUGAAUGAUGAAAAGGAUGUGCUUGUUUUUCGAAAGCACAGAUACUGUCGACCGGAGGCAAAUUCUGACUGCAACAACUGGGAGUGCAUUGCGAAAAAUGCCACUGGCUGUCCUGCGGCUCUUAAGAUCUCAUCCACCGUCAGCUUUCCGCUGGCAAUUUGUAAUCGUCGUGUGAAGCAUAAUCAUUCGGAAGCGAUUGUCCAAACAGUUGGAACGAUCCAACCAUAUAGUGAAGAAAUAGUCAAAAUGCUCCAAAAGUAUACUCUAGCUGUCGAUAAUCAGCAACGGCUACGCCUUCUCGCCGGUGGGUAUCGCUACCGCAUGCGCCAGACCUUGUUUGCCGAUGGGAUGAGUCUGUGGGUUUGCGAACGUUCCGCAUCGGACCGUUGCCCGGGCAGCGUAAUGCUUUCGUACCAGGAUGAAAAGGCAUUCAUGGAAGGUGAAAAACACAAUCAUGAUGUGGAAGAGAACGUACCGGUUCCCACCACCGUUAACAGUGCGCUGAUGGCACAGAAAAAGCAGACAGAAGUGACACAGUACCCGCACGGGUAUAACUUUAAAAUCACCGAUGACUGUUUGCUAUACCGGGGAAACCAUUUCAAGCCCGGCAAGCCGAGUUCUAACAAGUCGAGCGUUGUGUGGAACUGUACCCAAGAGGGUUGUACUGUAAAGGCGAGGGUAAGGAGAAAAAUUGCCACGCUAGUCAAUCUCGACCAUGAACAUCCGCAGGUAGUGACGAGAAAUCAAAACCCCACAGUGCCGGAAACUUUGCAUCGGGGUGUAAACUAUCGGUUGAUGUUGGACGAAUCGGGUCACAUAAAAUUGCUUCACAGGAAACAUCGCUUCACGCUGGAGAGUUUGCGCAAAAAUGGAACGACAGAAUGGACCUGUACCUGGCGGCAACAGGGCUGCAAAGCGACACUGUUAAUGGUGCCCGACGAGCAGGUAGUUUACGGUUGUGACGAUAAAGAUCAUUGCCAUCGAAUAGGGAACGCACUGGAAAAAUAUUAUCAAACGGAGAUACUUCCGUCCCCCUUAUCAACCGAAGGAACAGUUCUAUGGUCAUGCCAGGAUUACGAUUUACUGUGGAACAGGAACAAUAAACCGAUCGUACGACGAGAAAAUUAUCGCUUUUACGCACGAAAUACGUUAACGAAUGGAACAAUACGGUGGAAGUGCACCAGCAGCGUUAGAACGUACUGUGAUGCCUUCAUUACGAUGGAUAAGGAUGGUAGGAUAACAAACGAAUCCUUGGUUCACGACCAUCAGCGUUUGCGUAAACCAGCGGGGAAGAAAAUCGUGCCGUCACAAAAAAGAGCCAUCGAUGGAAAACCACCCUCCGGUGCCAUUUUCGACAGUCCUGGACCGGUACAUCUAGUAGCCGGAGGCUUCAACUAUCGUCGAAUGAUGAACGUACAGCUCAACGUCGAGAUCAUAGUGUACUGUGCGCAUAAGUAUCUCGUCGACGAUGCCCCCCAUACCUACCACUGCAUUAUGCGCGACGAACCGGAAGGUUGUCCGGGUAAGAUUGUGCUGACGAAUAAUGCUCUCUGCGCCGAGCUUAUCGUACCGCACAACCAUUCAUCACGCGAUAUCCGAAGGAUCGCCCAACCGGAUCGUUCCUCACAAGUUACCAUCGACGGACCUAACUAUAAACUCAUCUACUCGAUGACGGGCCGUAACUGUCUUAUUAUGCACGAGGGGUACACAUUCCGGGUGUACAAACUGCUUGAACCGAUGCAAUCCUCCCGGUGGCGCUGCAUUCAGGGUGAGGCUGGUUGCAAGGCUUACCUGACUGUGCCAUUGUCGCACACGAAACCGGCUUCAACGAAUGGCCAUCCCCAUGACCACUCCAUAAUGGCUGGGAGCGGCCAACUGGAUAGCGACGAUACUGCCAUUAGUCAGGAGUUGUGCCGUGUCGAGGUUAAAGUAGAAGAACCUUCCGAGAAUGAAAUGUCUACCGAAACGACACUGACAAAUAUUCCCUUGAUACAGUAUCCUCGGUUGUUCACCGUGAAGCGGGAACUAUACGAGGAUCCGGUGAAUGAAGCGAAUGCCAGGACCUGCUUCCACAACGGGCAGUUGUAUGUGCGACACUCCGACAAUCAGGCUGUAGCUGAAAAGCCCGAAUGGAUCUGUGCGUUUCACUGGACGCUUGGCUGUUGCGCCGGUUUGGCUGAGCUUCCGGUACACAACCAUGACCGGUUUGCGGCUGUCCGCACGAACGAUCGGUUUAGCAUGCUGAAGACGCUGAUUGGCCGCGGCAUUAUCGAACAGCGGGGACAGAUGACGCUAAUGCCCCAACUUCAGACCGUGUCCGAGUAUGAACUGCUUCCGAGUAACGGCAAUCUCUCGCUAAGCAUCGACACCCAUCGGUACUAUUUCUAUAAGGCGAAAAACAACGGCGACUGGCUUUGGCGCUGUGUCCGGCACCGGUGGCAGGGAUGCAAGAUUGGCGUUUCGGUGUCGCACUGCUUCGGAAAGUACUACUUUCAGCCGUACGGUACCACGGAACACACGCAUUCCGACCGCCACACCGUAAUGGCGUAAUGUUUGGACCCGUUUGUGUGAGUAUCUAGUUUAUAUUAGGAAAAGUGCUGCUUUCAAUACUGAAUGCAUAGGCAAAUACAGUCGAAUGUAUUUAAGAUGUACUCGGACACCGGAGACAUCAUGAAUACGAUUCCAACAAUUUUUCUAUUGCAACCUUAGUUUCCUCUCUUAUUGUAAAAAAAAAACAGUGAAAAAUACUUUUUUUUUCAAUUGCUGAUUUUUAAAAAAAUUUACAAUCGAGAGUCUUCAUACAGAAACCGGCACAAUCUCCAACAAUAAUUUCGAACCUAAUUCAUGUACAUUAGAUUCUGUGUUUUCUUCAGAUUUGACUGUAUUUGUCUUUUCGUGUGAGUAGUUCGAAAUAGAAUAAUGUGUUCAAAUGAUAAACAAAUACCCAA